AUGGCGAUUGCUUUGGCUGAGGCCGAUAAGUAUGAGAUCUUGGACAAAAUUGGUUGCGGCUCCUUCGGGAUCAUCCGCAAGGUGAAGCGGAGGUCAGAUGGAUUCAUUCUAUGCCGCAAAGAAAUCAACUACAUCAAGAUGUCCCAGAAAGAACGCGAACAGCUCACCGCAGAAUUUAACAUCUUGAGUUCUCUUCGUCACCCAAACAUCGUCGCAUAUUACCACCGAGAACAUCUCAAGGCCAGUCAAGAUCUGUACCUCUACAUGGAGUACUGUGGUGGCGGAGAUCUUGGAAUGGUGAUCAAGAACUUGAAGAAAGCCAACAAGUACGCCGAGGAGGAAUUCGUGUGGCGCAUUCUUUCUCAACUUAUCACUGCUUUGUUCCGGUGUCAUUACGGCUCGGAUCCUGCCGAAGUCGGAUCGAACAUUUUGGGCCCCCCUCCCAAGCCAUCUGGACUCAAGGGGAAACAAGGACAAGUUACUAUCCUGCAUCGCGAUUUGAAACCCGAAAACAUUUUCCUCGGUAGCGACAACACCGUCAAACUCGGCGAUUUUGGCUUAUCCAAGCAAAUGCAAUCGCAUGACUUCGCAUCAACAUAUGUCGGCACGCCUUUCUACAUGUCCCCAGAGAUCUGUGCAGCCGAGAAGUAUACUCUACGCUCCGACAUUUGGGCAGUCGGCUUCCAGAAAAUCCGCGAGGGCAAAGUCGCUCCCUUGCCUGAUUAUUAUUCGCCAGAACUCAAAAAUGUUAUUGGAAGCUGUCUGCGGGUCAACCCUGAUCACCGCCCUGACACUUCCGCUUUGAUCAAUCUCCCUAUCAUUCGCCUAAUGCGCAAGGAGAAAGAGGUCGUUGAUCUUGGCAAAACUUUGCGCCGACGCGAGGAGCUUGCUGUUCACAAAGUUCGCGAAAUGGAACAGAAUCUCGCCAAAAGAGAAUCGGAAAAGCAGCAAAUUAAGGCCGAAAUUGAAAAUACCGUUCGGAGAGAGUGGGAGGUUAAGGCACGGUUGGAGAUUGAUCGCCAGGUACAAAGCGAGCUCGAUCGGCUGCGCAAGCGCUUCGAGUCUGAGGUCCAAGAACGAGUUGCCAUAGAGGUCAAAAAAUACAAACAGAACGCCUCCAACAACACAUCUCGUGAUGAUGUAUUCCGUACCAGCACUCACGGAUCCGGGUCUUCUCGGUCCAGCAAUCAAGGCUGGAGGUCUUCGCGGUCUUCUGCCACUAUGACAGACGAGAAUGAUACCACGCAGUCAUCAAGUGGUGAUAUGAGCCAGCUAUCUCUUGGUUCUCCUCCGUCAAACGCCCGGAAGCAGCCCAAAAAGGAGACUCGAACUCCAUUGUGCCGAUCCAAGACUGUUGUUGAUUCCCCAGUGGAUAUUCAAAUGGCCGAGCCAUCGCCAAUUUCAAUCGCCUCGCUUUCCCUAUCCCCUCGACGUACUUCUGGCCAAGGAGGCGCUCGCAACAUCUUUGCAGAGGCUGAGCGGAAUAAGGCCAAGUGGGAACCCACUUUAGCCUACUCUGAUGACGAAGAUGAUACACCUGACUUGCCUUCACCAACUCGGCCCAAAGUAAAGCCCGACCCCUUGAAGGCUCCUCGCCGACCUCUACUUCGCCAAAACACAGCGGCUUUCAUGCAGAAACUCAGCGCCCAACCUUCACUCUUCCCCUCGAACGGUACUCGUCUUCCGCAAUCCAUAAGUACAUCGGCUCCCCAGUCUGAAGAACGCAGCGCAAGUGAGAACAGGACCAGAUCUCCCCACCGUCGUCUGACCAAAGUUCCAUCAUCUGCCAACCUCGCUGCUGAUGCUGGAGGCUCACCAACCCGCAAGAGUGCUUCGAAGCAACCAGCUCCUCCCAAGAAUGGAGGCGGUGGUGAAGAGAUGUUCAAGGCUGUUAUGCAGCGCAACAUGGGUGGCCGCACUUUGGUUGAACUUGCGCAGGCCAGAGCUGGAGGCCGUCCAAUAGAUGAGGUCAAGCGUUCUACGAGUGAUUCCCGUGCCAACGGCUCAAUUAUGAGCAUGAAGUGUUCUGAGCGAGAUGUUCCUGCUAUCUGGAAUCCCGAGCUAGAUGAGAUGCCCAGUCCCUUCCUUGCUCGCGGAAAGAAAGUCAUCCGCAACCUGCGGUAG